CGUAAGGUCAUUCGUGGAAAUAGAAACUGACCAGAAAAGCUGGAAAAUAAUCAUGGAAACACAAAAUUCCUUCUCAACUAAACUUCCAAAAUGGCUGCCGAAGCUGCGAGAAGUUUGUCAAAAAAUGCAACAAAGUCAACAUUACCACACACUGGAAUACCCAUCAUAUUGCGUCCUUUUGUUGUAAAGAAGGCUUAUGUUGUUCAUCCCAAAGCGAAAAGUUUACAAGCAGAUUUAAAAGCACAGUGGCUUACAAAGUCAUGUUUGAGAAAGGGUCUACCGGAAUUGGCUUUUUGCUGGAACAAUAUAACAAGCGAACAACUUGACUCAUUGAAACAGAGAACAGCAAAGAGUUUACUCCAAACUAUUGCAUCGCAGAAGAUAGGCCUGAAAUGGAAAAUGAAUUAUGAUACAGAUCUUCUUCACGGUUUGCUGCCCAGUUUACUCAUCCAAUUUAUGAAUCAUGUUGAAAGCAGGGGUAGAACUCUUAAUGGUUUUAAAUCACCUAUCAGAACUCAUUGGUGCCGUAAUCAUGACUUUUAUCAAACCAGCUUCCUUCCAGGUUACAUGUUCCUUAGUGGUACUGCUCUACCCACAUUUGAACCAGACAUGGAAUGUACUGUGGACGUAGAGCUACCAGGACCAUAUAGGCCAGUUGAUCUUGGUGUAUUUAGCCAUCCAACAAACCAUCUUUCCAAUGCUCUUGGCAAUGAGAUGAUCAGUAGAACACUACAACCAGAAAUCUUGAUUCUAUCAGAUUUUACUAGUAAAAAUCAAGAACAACUGCUGCAUCAUGGGAUUCAUGUGAUGUUCAGCCAACUUGUUGCUAUGGCAAUGCAACAUGGCUAUCAUCCUGGGCAACAUUUGGAUUCGCCAAUGACAACAAAAUGCAUAAUCACAAAUGGCAGGGUGUUUUCCUUUAUGGCCUAUCAAUUAAACACUCUCUCACUGCAAGAGGAUUUUGGGAUUAAAAACAUUGCUUGGUUUGAUGAUUUUAAAAUGCUUUAUCAAACCAGUUCUGACCCAUUCAAAACAGGACAUAAAACAUUUUACGAAAUCUUUCCAAUAGAGGCGAAUACACUCAAUUUGGAUGAGGAUUGUCUGAAAAUGCUUUUGGCUUUUCUAAGUUGAAAUUUUGUUAAACAUGUGUAAUUUAUUAAUAUAAGUUUCUGUUGUAAAA